AUGAGCCCUACCGACGAAGACCACAAACAUGUGGAGAAGCAUGUCGAAGAUAUUCUUCGGCCAGACGCCCAGGACCCAGUGCCACUGACGACGGUACUCUGGGAGUCUCGCAAGAUCCUUUUCUACUCGCUGUGCUGCUGCAUCGGCUCCAUGCUCUGGGGGUUUGAUGUGGGCGUCAACACCAUUACCAUGGCUCUCCCCGCGUUCAAGAUGGUCUACGGGUACGAGUACGAAGGCGAACUCUUGAUUGAUGCAAAGUGGAAUGCUCUGUGGACAGCCAUGACCUCUCUCGGUAUGAUUAUUGGCGGCGUCAUCUGCGGCACGCUCACCGACCGCUGGGGGAGGAAGGCGGGAAUGCUUGCGGGAUCCGUCCUGUCCGCGGUCGGCGUGGCUGUCCAGUAUAUCUCGGAGAGCGCUGGGGUUCUGCUCGCGGGGAAGAUCAUCAACGGCUUUGCCAUGGGCUUUUUCCUCUCAACCGGCCCGAUCUACGUGUCCGAAGUGGCUCCGAUUCGAAUCCGGUCUGCGCUCAUCGCAACAACCAGCUUCUUCAUCUCUGCCGGUCAAAUGGCCGCCAUUGGAAUCGGCAACACGCGCUUCUCUAUCAUGACCCCGGCCGCUUACAAAGUGGUAUUCGCGGCCCAGUGGGCUUUCCCAGGAGCAAUCAUCCUCUUCUUGAUCAUUCUUCCCGAAAGCCCGCGCUAUCUCGUGCGCAAGAACAAGCUUGACGCAGCCGCCAAGAGCCUAAAAGCCCUGCACACCUCGCAAUACGAUAUCCCCAUCGCAGUUUCUAAUCUCCACCAGGAGGUCCUCGCCGAAGCCACAUCCAUUGCAACGACGCAGAGCUACCUGGACUGCUUCCGCGGCCCGAACUGGCGCCGCACCCGCAUCGCCUGCAGCAUGUUCCUGAUCCAACAAUUCAGCGGCAUCGCACUGUACGCGCAAGCCCUAUACUUCCUGGGAAUUAGCGGGUUCAACGUGCAGCUGUCCUUCCAGCUCGCGCUAGGAGGAUUCGGCGCUGGUCUGCUCGGCAACGUCAUAUCCUGGGUUGCAAUGGGGUACAUCGGGCGACGGCCGAUGCUGUUCACCGGAACACUGAUCAACUUUACGAUCUUAUUGACCGUCGGCGUCGCAGGCAUAUUCGACACGCACAAGUCCGCUAUGCUGUACAUUGCCAUCAUGAUCAAUUUCGUGCAGCUGGUCUACGCGCCAACCAUUGGCGCCGUCUCGUGGAGCAUCAGCGGCGAAAUCAGCUCGGUCGCGUUGCGCGCCAAGACGCAAGCACUGUGCACGCUUACCAACGCGCUCUCGAACUGGCUGUUUAACUUCAUUACCCCGUACCUGAUUAACAAUGACCAGGCGGAUCUGGGCGCCAAGGCGGCGUUUGUGUGGGCGGCAUUGACGGCAACCGCGGCCGUUUGGGUGUGGUUUGAAGUUCCCGAGACAAAGGAUCUGUCGUUUGCAUUGCUGGAUCGAGCUUUUAGGGACGGGCUUCCGACGAGGAGGUUUCCCAGAGCCACGGAAGCGAGGGAUGAUGCUGAGGGGGAGAUGGGUUGUAAUUGA